GUCAAUGGAGUCAAGCAGUCACGCCAAUGCGAUAAUGUUAGAGACAAACGAGGUCGUAGCCGAUGUAAAGAGGAUUUUGAGUUGAAAUAGUGCAUCGGUCGUAGAUAAAUGUUGUUUAGACUGCCAUUACCACGAAGGAAUAGUUUUAUCCUAAACAAUUGGCUCGUUUGCAGCUGACGCUACGUAUCAACACAAAGGCCUAUGUAGCCAGUUAGCGUUAGUUCCCCAGCUAGCUAGCAAGUGAUUACACGCCAGCUGCAGCAAAUUAACAGGCGUGCCAUUUUAAUGUUUUAUCUGGAAGCCAGUUAAUCUGCUCUAUCAACAGGACAACAUUUGAGUUUUUCUUAUUUUCUUAUUAGUUUUUUUGCAUCUCCAAGAUAAUGGCGGAACAGGGCGCAGUAGUCAUGCAGCCGAAUUUGGACAGGAGCUGCUGGGUGUGCUUCGCCACAGACGAAGAUGACCGCACGGCAGAGUGGGUGCGUCCGUGUCGCUGCCGCGGCUCAACCAAAUGGGUGCACCAGGCCUGCCUGCAGCGCUGGGUGGACGAGAAACAGCGGGGCAACAGCACGGCACGCGUGGCCUGCCCACAAUGCAACGCAGAAUACCUCAUCGUCUUUCCCAAACUAGGUCCUGUGGUUUAUGUGCUCGACCUGGCGGACCGGCUCAUCUCCAAGGCCGGCCCCUUCGCAGCCGCUGGCAUCAUGGUGGGCUCCAUCUAUUGGACUGCUGUCACCUACGGAGCUGUUACUGUCAUGCAGGUGGUGGGCCAUAAGGAGGGCCUGGAUGUUAUGGAGCGGGCUGACCCUUUGUUCCUGCUCAUUGGCCUGCCCACCAUCCCCGUCAUGCUUAUCCUCGGCAAGAUGAUCCGCUGGGAGGACUACGUCCUGCGUCUGUGGAGGAAGUACUCGAACAAACUGCAGAUCCUCAACAGCAUCUUCCCAGGGAUUGGCUGUCCAGUUCCUCGUAUCCCAGCCGAGGCCAGCCCCCUUGCAGACCAUGUGUCGGCCACACGGAUCCUGUGCGGCGCGCUGGUCUUCCCCACCAUCGCCACCAUUGUGGGGAAGCUCAUGUUCAGCAGCGUCAACUCCAACCUGCAGAGGACCAUCCUGGGAGGUAUCGCCUUUGUGGCCAUCAAGGGGGCGUUUAAGGUAUACUUCAAACAGCAGCAGUACCUGAGGCAAGCCCACCGCAAGAUCCUCAACUUCCCCGAGCAGGAGGAAGCCUGAGGAGGCUCCGCGGUCCGGAGGGAGGACAGCCGGACGAACCGCACGCCUCUGCCGGAGGGGUGAGGGGAGGGAGGAUACGAACCGUCAGACUCUGAACAGGAAGUGCCGGUGAAACAGACUCAGGAUCAGUGUCACCCCAAACUUAUCCACUCAUACCUACACCUCACCUCACCCCUCCUGGAGUGAUUCACGCCACCGUCACCGACAUCCACGCAAGGAAUCCCCCACCACCGCCACUUCACAUUGUUUUUAAACUUGCAACGCUUUCAUGAGGUGAAGAUGGAUGAGACUCGCGGACGCAGACCAGAGCAUGUUUGCAGUCAGUGUGCAGUUACACACACACACACACACACACACACACACACACACAAACACACACUAACAUACACCGCGGCUCUUUCCCAAGAACUCGUGCUGUGUGACUUUAGGGAGGAUGUGCUUCUACAAUCGCAUAACUAAAACUUAUUGUAAACUUACUGUAUUUUAAAGGAAAAAAAACGUGGGGCAUGUGUAAUUAGAAAGUUUUAUAAUAAUAUUAAUAAAUAAUUGUUUUAUAAUGUUUAUUUUGCAGAUUUGAGAAGCCUUCUUUGCCAAUGUUGGGGGGUUUAUAUUGAAUGAAGAAUAUUGUUCAGUGUGUGGAAUGUAUUAAUGAGAAAACAAUAAAAUGUGUUUAACAGUUGUCAAUCAUGAUGCAGUACAUCACCCACGAGCAGGAAGCUUUAAGAACUCAUGUGUUGCGACUGUCGAGGUUUGAUGUUCUAAAGAGAAGUGGGAAGUCGGUACGGAGUUGGGUUUCGAGGACUGUUUAAUUCUUCCGUUCACAUGCCGCGCAGUGUUCAUGUCGAUUGUCCGAUGAAGCUCCUGCAGGAUGAGCCUGUUGCCAUGAUGGGCCGAUGGAUAAUAUGGAUGCUUCGGUCCUCUCAGAGCUUUUUGCAGUGACAAAGUAUUUCAAAGCUUCGGGGGAUUCUCACAUGACGCUCGAUGCAGCACUUUUCACUGGGAGAUGUGAAACGCACAUUUCAGUCAGGACUUUUGCUGCCUGAAAUGCAAUCCCCCUUUUACCCCCAACAUGUGAUGAUCAGACUGUUGUGUUGAGUGUGAACCGGAGGUCAGACUGUGCUUCUGAGCUCAUUACCGUGCAGACAUGGACUCUGGUAAAUGAAAAUGAGUGACCGGAGCAGUUGACAUUUUGGCAGGACUCUUUGGGUCAGUUCAACCAAAUGAUAAAAGCCAUAUUUUCCUCGCUCUCUUCAGCGGUAUCUAGCUGUGCAGAUAGCUUGUUUUAUUUCUGCCUGCACCUAAAUUGCAUUUUCAUUUACAAUCAAGUUAUUAAAUGUAAGAUUUUUUUUUUAACCAUUUCUUUCUUAGAAAAUCACCUUUCAUAGCAAGGCCUUUGGAAAAUUGCUUUUUUAAAUAUAUUUAAGUUCUGUUAGUACAACAGACGUUUUAUUUUUCCAGGCUUUGAGUACUCUUUUCUGCAUGAGAGGCAUGUGUGAAAAUAAGGCUUUGUCAUUUCAGCGAACGGACUCUCUAACAUGCAUAUGUGAUAGGUUGGUUUUAAAUCAUUGGGAGCAAAAGAAAGUGAGUUAUUACAACCAAGCCGUAAGUCGCUGUGUUCUGCCUCUCAAGAGUGAGGAAACGUCAGUAUGUGACAAGGCAUGACACAUAGCCAACCACUUAAUAUUUAACCUGCACAUUGAAGCUGUGCCUGCUUUCCAGAUGUCCUCCUGCAACCUGCAAACCACAGCUUCCCCUGCACACUCACUGUAAAGAGUCCACUCUGCCAAAAGAGACGAAGUCUGAACUGUGUUGUACAGACAUUGUAUCUGAGUUUAAAAGCUCUGGUAUCAGUUCUGUGAAUAAAUGUAUUUUUCCAAU